GCAUUCAAAAUAUUCAAUAAAUCGCUCGAGCCUGGAAAUAACACGCUGAUAAACGUCAAAGUUCCAAACAUGGUGGAUAAUGUUGUUUUUAUUUAGCUGGUUGUUCGGUAUCGCACUUUUUAAGAAAAUUUUAAGUAAAGCUGGUUAAUUUUCAAAAUAAUAAAACGAAAUAGUGUUCUCCGCAGGAUUGUGAUUGCAUGCAUUGCUCGUACCAAAUCUAUAAUAAUGGAAAACACGUCAACAACAUACAUACCGACAAUCCAGUGCAAGCUACCCCAGGAUAAAUGAAUGCAUAGCAUAUAGUCCGGGCCAUGCGUGGGGAAUAUGGUUCUUGAAGCUAUCAGUUUGAAAAUAGUUACUGGGUUCAUAUUGCGUGCAUUCAAUAUUUUCCCUAAAACCUCCACCAUAAACGUGCACCACCUUAAAAUUGGGAAUUAGAUCACCAUGAAGGCUAAACUUAGAUAAUCACGCAAGGCAGUGCGUCACGAAUGCGUACCACAAAUGCAUGUUUCGCAGCAUUCGUAAUCGUCUUCCACUGCGUGUUGGAAGAAAAUUGCAAACAAACCAAUAUAGGCUUAUCAGCAUGGCGACAUACAACAAUGCUCACUGGUUGCUGUCGCACAUCCGGAACUCAUUCAUCUCCACAGAUGAUACAGGCGUCAGUGAGACAAUAAUGGCGAUGGAGGACAUUCCGCUACAAUUCGCCAAACGGUUUCGAGAAGCGCAGGCUCGAAAUUUUGAACGAAUUCCGAAGCCGGAAUCAACAAUCGAAGAUGAAGAUAUCGAUGUGUCUUGUGUCGCUAGGAUGCAAGAUGAACGGUUCGGCGUGGACUUUAAAUAUUUCUAUUCGUACCCUGGUCUAGAUGACACAGAUGAUGAGGACGCAGACACUUUGUCGCAAUCGUACGAAAUACAAAUGGAUCAGGAUAGCGGUUUCCACCGGCAGCGAUCAAAUACUGCUCAGAAACUGGAAAAGCUAGAACUUGCACGCCGUAAAUCGUCUCAAAUCAAAUGCAUAAAACUGAACGAUAGUUCGGUUCAGCAAACAGAGGAAAAAGAUAACAUCGAUCAAUUGUUCGUUGAUCGUCGGUCCACAUCAAUGUUAGAACACUUGUCAUCUUCACUGAAACGAUUAAGCUCGACGCUAACUGAGCAGUUGAGUGCAUUGCCCAACUUACCACAGAACCAGUUUCUCGAGUACGGCAAAUUCGACGGCACGGGGCAUAUCGAGGUGCCAAUUCGCUCAUUUAAAGUGUUCGUUCCAAACCUCCCGGAGGAGCAACGUGCUUUUCCGUUGCCUGUAUGUGUACUAGCCUCUGCCAAGAUUCAGGAUUUUAUAGGGCUGAUAUGCUACAAAUGCACUAUCGCGAACCCAGCACUGGAACUGCGUUCGGUUCGACAUUACGGUCUUUAUAUGGCUGAGGAAGAUGGUGAAUUGGAUUUAGAUUUUCCUCCACUGGAUAUCAAUGAGCCGUGUUCAAAGUUUCGAUUUUCACACCUCGUAAUGGCAGAGCGACAGCUCUCGACAAACGUAAGCCAUCAGCCUGUAUCCAUUUCCUCCAGAGAGCACAUGCUCCAUUUCGCGGCAUUCAGUGCAGAACGAAGCACGAGCAUAACAGCACCGACAUCCGCCACGGCUUCAACCACGAUGGUGGUAACCUCAAUGAAGCCAGUGAAACUUUCGCAAGCGAUUGAUUCGACAAUGGAACAGCGAUCGCAUGUAAGCGAAGGUGUACGCAGUUCACCACGCAUCAGCAACCAACAAAAAGAAGAUCUCGAUCGCAUUAAAGGACAUACGUCAAAAAUAGAAGCGCCACUAUAUCGGACGUUUCAGGUGCACAUUCUACACAAAUCACGGCUCAAGACAGGAAUUCAGUUGGGCAUCUCAGGCGAUCGGUUCGAAAUCGAUCCGAUACCGCACAACCCUAGCAAAUUCUGGAGCCGCCAAAAACCGGCCUGUCACUCAAUGGAUUCCGUAGCCGCCUGUACCAUAGUCGAUCGGAAACAUUCGAAGGCGAUACUUCGAUUGGUGUACUGUGCCGUGAACGACGUGAGCGGUGAUGCCGACGGUUCGGUAAGUUUUAAGCAUUACGAUAUCGAAACAACCCCAGACACAGCAGAACAGAUCAUGGAGAAGGUAAACAAUAUUCUCGAAGUGCGAUUGAGCCCGAUACGGCGCGAAUAUAUGCGUCGACGGGGGAAAUUAAAGCAGCCAUCUAGUGCGUAAAACUUAUUAAACUGCAAACGAUUGGGGAUGAACCACAUACAACCAUUACUGCCAAUUUGUGUCAAGAAACAGAAACAACAGAACAGAACAAGCUAAAUUUUCGAACAUGUAUCCAACUGGCAAGAUCACGUGAUUGGUAUACAGGAUGCACAAAUUCUUGCACGACAAUUUCAGUAUCUACAGAAUAGGAUUGUACAAGCUUUAUUAUUCAUUAUUUUAUAAUUUUUACCCGCUGGAGUUACUUACGCGUGCAGUUUAGCAAACACUUUGUCAUGGAAUGUUAAACUAUCGAAUUAUGUUUUUGACCUUUUUUAUGCUUUAUCUCGAAUCUCCCAUGGUUCAAGAUUAUGUACACCUUUCACAAUCAUGCCAUGUUUCUAAAAUCUUUGUAUACACACACAAAAACACUCACUAGCCAACCCUAGCCAACUAGCCAAACCCAACAUACUAUACUGAUGAUAGCCAAAUCACAGCCUGCGUGUGAGAUGCGGAACAUAACAUUCAACAACAGCGUUAAAUAAUUGUCCGAUCUUUGUAGAUGAUGAAACCUUGCCGUAACGAUUACACAGGUAAUGUUAGUGCAAUGUAGAUUUUCUGUCUUGUUCUCUGACAUAUUUUUUAUCAAUAUACAAUUAUACAUAGUUUGCGUACAAUCAAUAGCUAACGACGAAAAAAAAUUAUUCAUAACCACAUCAAUGCAAACAAGAUCGCAUGCAGCUAAACGUGUUCAGCUUGUACCGUGUAUUGCCUUUAAUCACACGCGCAUUCGCGUCGGCACGAAUGUCUCUUUCGUUGACGCAAGUGAAAGGGGAAAUGAAAGAAAUAAUUAAAAAGGUUAAAUAGGCGGUGGAGCAAGGAGAUUUGAGCAAGUAAUAGACGCCACACAUCGCUAAGAUCAGGAUUGAUGAUUCUAGCAACACCUGAAUCCAGAACUGCGGUUAAAGAUUGUUCUCUAGGUGUAAUCUAUUAAUAUAGCAGGAAUGGAUAGAGAUAUUAUAUAAAUCUGAAACAAUGUGUUCCUUUAGCCAUUAAAACAGCAGGUUGAGCAAGAGUAAAAAAAAACAUUAAAGAUAAAUAAUGUCAGGAAGAUAUGACUCAUGCACACACAAGUGCCCUGGCUGCAAGUCCUACUUUUCGAAUCCUAUCACAUAUACUACAAAGCGUAAAAAGUAAGCUUAUAUCUAAACUGACCGGCACCAUGAUUAGCCGUGCGCUCUGCACGACAUAAUGAUGCUCCCAAUAUAUGAUUUUGAACAAUGUUUGUACGGGUACACAGGGAGCACAAUAAUACACGUAAGAUAAUGAGAUGUGUUUUAUGUUUUAUAGCAAAAAAUAUGUUUAGAGGCCAUUUAGUAACUGCAGCUAUAAACACAUAGAUUCUGGAGGGACAUAUCAGGUACGUUGAACCACUCACUUUAGCUCCUAAUAAGCUGGAGAAUAAAUAACCGAGAACGGAUCAUCCACUAUGCAGACUAAACGGCGGUGGGAGCACCGAGUAGUAAGGAGCCCCGAGCACCCUAACCCCUGAAGAACCUGUCCCUACCUCCAAGUCCUUACAUACCCCAACUGCUAUUCCGCUUAGGGUCUCCAAGGAGCUAGAUCCAUUACUGUCAAUAACAUUAUAGAAGUACGCACGCAUUACCAUGCAGUUUAGUAGUUCUCAUUGUCUCCUGGUAUUUAUAUUCGGUGCAGCAUGGAACGGUACGAACACGCCGUUGUUCUCCAAAAGCAAUUAAACUGGUGAUCCAAUUGGACGGACUUCGAGCAGUAAGCUCUGAUGAGUGUAAGUGUUACAAGUAAUGUGUUAUGUACAGUACAAGUGUUAUGAGUAAGUACAGAUUAC